AUGAAGAAUGCACUUCUAGCAAUUGGGUUAAUGCUAUUAACAGGAUCAAUUUAUAAUCUUGACCGUGAAUUAGAAACAUAAUUAAUUACACAAUUUGAUAAAUAUUAAACAAAUUUCAAUAAGAAAUAUCAUGGAUCAGAAUAUAUAUAUAGAUUAUAGGUAUAUUAGUCAAAUCUGGUUGACAUAAAUGCUAAAAAUGCUAAAUAUAGAACUUAAAUCUUUGGUGAAACUCAAUUUACAGACCUAACUGACGAAGAAUUUAGUUCUAUAUAUUUAACUUUGAAAUUAGAACCAUCCGAUUAAAAUGUAUAAAGAUUAGAGUUCAAGAAUGUGAAUUUAACCCCAAUAGAUUGGAGAUCAAGAGGAGCAGUCACUCCAGUUAAAAAUUAAGGACAAUGUGGUUCAUGUUGGGCAUUUAGUACAACUGGUGUAUUAGAAGGAUUUUUCAAGGUCACUACCGAUGAACUCCCAGACCUCUCUGAAUAAUAAUUGGUUGAUUGUUCAACUAUCCUCGACUAUAAUAAAGGUUGUGAAGGAGGUGCUCCAAUUAGAGCCUUGAAUUAUGUAAAAAGAAAUGGCAUAACAACCCAGGCUACUUAUCCAUAUGUUUUAACAUUCAUUAAAUAUUUAGAUUGCUGAAUAAAAUAAGAAUUGUUUAAUAAAAGGAGGUGUAUAUCAUAUCAGUGUUACAGUAUCCAUCUUCGCUAAUGAAGCUGCUCAUUAGGCUGCCCUUUAAGAGGGUCCUAUUUCAGUUGCCGUUUAAGCUUCUAAUUGGAAAAACUAUAAACCAACAGAUGAUGAUUUUAUCUUUCCAAGCUCAGCUUGCACAGGAGAUAUUAAUCAUGCCGUUUUAGCUGUAGGAUUUACUUCUGAAGCUCUUAUUAUUAAAAAUUCAUGGGCCACUACUUGGGGAGCUAAUGGAUAUAUAUAUUUAUAAGGAGGAGUAAAUACAUGCAGUGUUUGGAAUAAUUCAAUUGUUCCGAAAUGAUAUUAAUUUUAUAUUUAAAAUUAAUAGAAAUGAAACAAUGAAC